CGUGCACCUCGCAGGGCGGAGAGGGCUUCCUUGUCAAGAUGGCGGCUCCCUUGACACUACUUUUGAUUUUAGCCGUUACGAUCCGUGCAGCUCUUUACAGAUCCAGUUUAGCGGACUUAAUUGCGGAGCGGGUGGAGGUUGUGUCUCCGCUGACCGCCUGGAAGAGAGUUGUUGAAGGUUUGGCUCUGCUCGACUUGGGAGUCUCGCCGUACGCUGGAGAUGUUUUCCACGAGACUCCUCUCAUCAUUUACAUCUUUCACUUUGUGGUGGACUAUGCAGAGAUAACAUUUAUGUUGGCAGAUGUGAUCACUGCUGUGGCUCUCUACAUGGCAGUGAAGGAUUACAACAAACAAGUGUUCAGAAAGCAGAAAUAUGCCCUGGAGGCAGACCGCUACCCCCUCGACUGCCUGGAGCUCAUCAGGAGCCCCAAAGAGAUGUACUACAUCCCUCUGAAAGUAGCCAUGUUUUACCUGUUGAACCCGUUCACCAUCCUUUCCUGCGUUGCCAAGUCAACAUGCGGUCUGAACAACGCCGUCAUCGCCCUGUUCAUCCUCACCACCAUAAAGGGAAAUGUCUUACUGAGCGCUAUAUUUCUGUCCUUGGCUACGUAUCAGUCCAUCUAUCCUCUGACUCUGUGCGCUCCAGCGUUGCUCUAUCUGAUGCAGCGUCAGUACAUCCCGGUGAACUUCAGACGGGUCAGCUUCUGGUGGUUCAUCACGCAGUACCUCUUCAUGUACCUGGGAAGCCUGUUCGUCAUGAUCUGUCUCUCCUUUUUCCUGCUCGGCUCAUGGGACUACCUGCCGUCUGUCUACGGCUUCAUUCUCUCAGUGCCAGACCUGACCCCGAACAUCGGCCUCUUCUGGUAUUUCUUUGCCGAGAUGUUCGAGCACUUCCGUCUGUUCUUCCUCUGCGUCUUCCAGAUCAACAUCUUCUUCUACACCAUCCCUCUGUCCAUCAAACUCAAGGAGCAUCCAGUGUUUCUGAUCUUCAUGCAGUUAGCUGUGAUCUCCAUCUUUAAGUCUUACCCCACUGUGGGAGACAUCGCUCUCUACCUGGCCUUCCUUCCUGUCUGGAGUCACCUGCACCGAUUCUUGAGGAACAUCUUCCUGGUGUCCUGCGUCAUGCUGGCCUGCUCCGCUCUGUUUCCUGUUCUCUGGCACCUCUGGAUCUACGCCGGCAGCGCCAACUCCAACUUCUACUACGCCAUAACGCUGCUGUUCAACGUGGCACAGAUUCUCCUGGUGUCUGAUUAUUUCUAUGCUUUCCUGAGGAGGGAACAUCACCUCAGCUACGGACUGUAUCUGAAGAGGAAAGAUGGCUCCGAGGCGACUCUGGUUCUGAAAUAAAAACACUCGUGCGGACACGAACCUCUACGAGGAUGAGGGAAAACUACUCGAGGUCUCACUUAUCCUCACAGGGAACAAAACACAAACUGAGGAGGAUGAGAUGAGAGUUCCUCAGACCGAACACACAUGCAGGAAGUGUGUCAAACGUCAUACGCCAACUGCUGGUAAUAACAUGCUACAUGACAGACACAUGCUGAGAUGGGAUGCAGAAAUCUGGCUCCUGCCGUGUGAAACAACCAGACAACAACUUAACAUCUCUCCGCUUUCCACUCCUUCAUCUGAAGGGCUCUUAUUUUGAAACCUCAAACUAGCAGGAACCUGCGCUUGAGAGAGUGGGUUUUAUUUUGAAGCCUUCUUCCUCCUGAGAGGCACAAUUUUAUUUUGACACUCUGCAGAUCCGUCCUGGACAGCUUUUUUUCUGAAAAACCAACUCUUUCCUUUCCUUUCCUUUCCUUUCCUUUCCUUUCCUUUCCUUUCCUUUCCUUUCCUUUCCUUUCCUUUCCUUUCACUUUAUGGAAGUGCUGCUCUGGGAGGAGUUGUAUCUUUUAAGCCUUGUUCCUUUUUAAACUCUAAACAGAUGAUACAAAUGUGGGAAACUCCCUCUGAUACACAUUCUUCUUUUGUUGAUGAAUCAUGUUUACCUGAUUACUUUUGUGUUAAACCUGGUAUGUUUUGUUGCAGGAAACUGAAGAGAAAAAAUACUUUUUUUUAAGGGUUCGUCUGUAAGUCUAAAACAUUUAUCUCACCACUGCCUUUCACCUUAUUUUUUUACACCAUCUGCUCUGUAAUGAACAAAAUUCACAGCAUCAGUGUUGCAUCUCAUCUCAAGUGAAAGUGAAUACUAACCUCCUCAUGGUACGUAAAACUAAACUCUUAACUGGAUGUGCUAGAGCUACAGCUGCCUGAAGAGAGUGUGGAUACUGAUCACUAACCUCCAGACGGAUCCUCACAAAGACACCAGUGAAUGUGUUUUAACUACUGAAGUGCUUAAAUCCAGGAUCUGUGGGGAGCAGAAACCUUCAUUCUUCCUUUUGGGUUUUCUGCGUCUUGAAAUUACAGCUUCAUACAUUUUUGAUCUGGAGUUUUCUCAAAGGACACAAUUCAAGCUAGAAAUCAAAGUUUGGGCUCACGAUGUGCGGCCAAACAAAGCAUCAAAGGCUAAAGUUUCAUAUUUUGCUCGAUCUCUGCAUGCAUAAUUAAAGCUAAUAUAAUGAAGUUAUUGUUAAAUUUAGAUUCAACAUUAAAAAUGAAUCAUUCCCUGACUGUACAUGUAGCGGUCAUAAAUUGAGUUCAGGAUAUGAGGAUGUUUGUUAAAGAUUUAAUUCACACCAUUAAAAAAAAAAAAGAAAAAAAAAAAGCCUUAACCAGCCUCAGAAGCGUCGGGACGCUGAUAUAAAGAUCAAUCUUUUCUUCAUGUUUUACUUUAUGUUCUAAUAUUAAGUCCACAAAUGAAUGUUUUUGUUUGAUACUUGGUUUCUCAUGGCCUUUCUGUGAAAAUAAUGAUAUAAGCAACAACCAGUUUUUCGCCAAAAUAAGACAAAAGCAAAAACAUUAAACAUUUAAACUGUUUUUCAAGUGAUAAAGGAAAGAAAACGACUGCUUCCUGUCCGAUCACAUAAAAACAUUAUCUGUUGCUUCACUCGCAUCUGUUCAAGCAGGUCGACAAGUUGCCAUUUUGAUACCAAUGAGUAAGAAGUAAUUUGUGAUAUUUAUUUAUUUGCUGCACUAAAAACCUUGCAAACCCAAUUUAAUUAAAAGGAGGAGCCACUGUUGUUCUGAUACUGUAUAAAUGAAUGUUUUGUUUCUGUUUGGGGGGUUUGAAAGGUGUGAUGUUGUAUUUGAUGAAUGAUUAUUAAAGUUUGAGUUGUUGGUUUCACCUGUUUGGCUUUAACUAUAAUAACUGAUGUCUGUAAGGUGCGUCAUGAGUUUGAGUUUUAUUUUAAUUAUCUGUGGUUUUCAACUGUAUCCGGGCAGAAUUUGAAAUGUAGUGUCAGGUAUGAGAGCAGCAACAAUAUAUACAACAUCAG